GUUCAGCAUGGCACAUGGUUGGUGAGCUUUCCGACGACAGCAGAGCGGGAAUGAUUUCACUUGCCAAACAUACAUCCACCCAUUAAACAUUGUCGCCAUAUGGCACGGAAUACAAUCUCUCGGGCUCAGUUAUACUUAAUCACUCUCACUCUGUGUGUGUGUCAUCGUUCUCUCUCUCUCUGACACAAACAUACAGAGAGAAGUGGCAACUGACUGAAUUUUAGCUCCCUUGACCACAGAAUCCCAUGUACGGGCACAUGCUUUCUUUCGUCAGCUUCCUUCGCUCUGUAUCUUAAAAGCUGAACUGCAAGCUCCAUGACCAGUUCUUCCAAGUCCUCUAGUUAUUCUGCAGCUGAAGGAGAGAAGCCAUGAGGGUAGCAGCCAUGGUGAACUGUACUGUGGAGGAUCGAGGCUCCAAAUCUGAAACCAACUAGAGGUAAUAGCGUACUUGCAUACUCUGAUGUUUCAUUGCUCUCAGGUCUCAGCCCCCCACUGGAUGUGUCGGUUGGGCACUGUCUUCUUUGAUGGUGACAUGGUGAUGGAUAAGAGGCACAGAAUCCUCUGUCUUGAAGGUGAAAUGAGCUAGUCGAGAUAUUGCGAGCUUCCUUCUCUUCCAAAGCUCCAAGCCUUAUUCCACACUUGAACUGCUUCGCAAGGAGAAGCGAUGGAUCCUUCCUUUAUCUUGCUUCAUGAUCGUUUCCGCAUUAUCUAGCCUUGGAAAUGCAGGUAGUUGGAGGACUUGAAGUAGAACUGACCUUUCUUGAUAGGUGAUAGGGACCUGGGACCUCCAAGCUGGUCUUAUAAGCAAUGUAUGGGGCUACGGGCUCUCCAGAGGCACUCCCAUAUCCAACAUUUCCCUUCAUCUUGGGCUCAGCAGACAUUUGACCGAGCAUGGAAGUGCAGUCUUCGAGUCUGACUGAAGCAAAAAACGUGGUCAGAAAUUUGAUUGAAAAAUCAUAGCAAAAGUCUUCGAUGUCAGCUAGACAUAGCGGAAUCUCCAGGAAAUAUGGUAAUAUGACCAGAAGGAUAGAGUAGAAAUACUGGUUCAUGGUGCCGGUUUGCAUAAUACCAAACAUGGAUGGGCAAUCAGGGAAAACGAUGCAGAGUCUGCCUGAUACACUAUCGUCCCUCAUGGGGUUCAACCAGUACCUCACACCCAGUUGGAUUGAAUCGGUGUCUCACAUCAUCAAGGAGUUGUCACCAACCGAACCAAAUACGAAAGUAAUGGUUCAUAUGACUCAAAAUAUUGGUCCUGAUGAUGCAGAAUCAGACGCUAAAGUUGCAAAGAUUCAAGAUGAACUGGUUUCACUGAAUGCUCAACUAAAGCAGAUAACACUGCAGAGGAGACAGUCACUAAAUAACUAUUUGGAUCUGAAAGGAAAUAUAAGGGUGUUCUGUCGUGUAAGACCUUUUCACCAUGAAGAGAGUUACCAAUCCAGAUCUCUAUUCACCCUGGAUGAGAGUAAUGUGUUCCUAAAAGUUGCUGAAGCCAAGAUAAAGCAAUACAAGUUUGAUAAGGUUUUCAACCAAUGCUCAACACAAGGUGAUGUAUUUGCUGAAGUUGAACCAGUGAUAAAAUCUGCUUUAGAUGGCUAUAACGUUUGUAUAUUUGCCUAUGGGCAGACAGGUAGUGGAAAAACUUAUACCAUGGAAGGGAAGCAUACAGCUACAGAUCUAGGUGUGAUACCACGAGGGAUUCAAGCACUAUUUGAUCGAGCUUCAGAGAGCAACAUAAGGUUUCUGUUCACUUUCAGUAUGCUUGAGAUUUACAUGGGAAACCUAAGAGACCUGCUAGUUCCCAGAAGCAAGACACAUGAUUUUAAGAAAGUGCCAAGCCUUUCCAUCAAAACAGAUCCUGAUGGCGGCAUUGAGAUUGAAAACCUUGUGGCAGUUACUGUGAAUAGCUUUCAAGAAGUAAAAAGACUAUAUGAAGUGGGGACCCGGCUUCGUUCAACAGCUUACACUAUGGCUAAUUCUACAUCAAGCAGAUCUCACUGUUUGAUUCGCCUUUCAUUGACCUCCUUCGACGCACCAGAGAGAAAAAAAGCAAGAAACAAGUUAUGGAUGAUUGAUCUAGGUGGAAGUGAAAGACUUGUAAAGACAAAAGCAACUGGGAAAAGACUCAAGGAGGGCAAAGCCAUAAAUUUGUCACUGUCAGCCCUAGGGGAUGUGAUUGAUGCACUUCAAACCAAAAAAGCCCAUGUCCCUUAUAGGAAUAGCAAGCUUACACAAGUUCUUAGAGACUCUCUAGGAUGCGAUUCCAAAACAUUGAUGCUUGUCCAUAUCCGCCCAAAUGAGGAUGAUUUGUGUGAGACAAUUUGUACCUUGGGUUUUGCAACAAGAGUUAGAAGCAUUCGCUUGGACAGUGAAGAGCCACCAGAAGAAAAGGCAAGAAAGGAACAUUUAUUAAUAGAGUUGGAACGGGAGGUCAGUGAAUUAGAACAACAAUGUGAAGAUGUUACCCGAAAGAUUAAGAAACUUGAGGAGACAAUGGAGCAUUUGAAAGGACCUCAGCCAUUUGUUAGCACAGAUUCUGUCGUUUCACAUCCAUUGAGUGAAGACCUGAAAACUACCAUGUCAAAGACUACAAAGAAUUCAAAGAAUCGUAGAGAAGUUUCAUCUAGGUUACCUAGUUUUAUGAAGCCAACGGCUUCUAGCCAGCAGAGGAUAGGCUUGACCAAACACAUUCCUAUCAGUAACAGGACAAAACCACCAGUGCCACCAAAGAGAAGGCCUUCCUCAGUUUACGCUGAGUCUGUAAGGCUGCCAGUAAAUGCUACCACUUGGCAGUCAGAAUGCAGCUCUGAGUGCAGUAUCUCCAUGACAAGUGACAUGAAUUGGAUCCCAAGCUUACAAGAUGGGACAGAAUGCAGCCAGCAGGAUACAUCAGAGUAUGAGACUAAACAGGUUAUUUUCUCAGAACAUGCGAAACUGUUGCAGGGUGAACUGAUUUCGCUCGCAGAAUCUCAACUUCUAGAAUCAGGGAAGAUGCAGAAUAAAACUGAGGAAAUGGACAUUAUAGACAUUGAUAGUUGGAUCCAUCAACAAAUUACAGAAAACACCAGCAUAUGUAAAAGAGAAAGGAUUCUAGAUAUUACUGAAGUAACUGAAUGUGAAACAUACAAUUCUAGUACUGCAUCACCAAUUCAGAUGGAAUGUCUUAAAGGUGGUAAACAGGCACAGGAUGAAGACAGUCACCUCAAACUGCAACCCCCCAUGAUAAAUGUGGAAGAUAUCAAGCAAGCAGAAGCUAUCAAUCAAUUCACUUCAACAGAAUUGUGCACUCCUCCCUCAAAAGAACUUUGCAGAAAUGACAAAAUGAAGGAACAUAAAAAUGAAAGGCUUGCAUAUCAUGGAAAAUCCAGAAGAUCGCUACAGGAAAAGUUGGACAAGUGCAUUCCAGGGCAGCCAAACAAUGAAUCAAAAACUGACCCCAUCGUACAACCUGAAGUCAGGUUCCAGGAUGAAGAACAUUAUAUAGACAAGUCGACAAAGUUCUUUCAAGCUCUUCGAACGGCAUGGGUUGGUGCUCUUCUAGGACUGGGUACUAUGAGCCUUGGAUUAGAGCAAGACUUCUUCCAGAGCUUGACGCUUUGAGUUAAAUAGAAUUUCAUCACUUUAAGGGGGUUCUAAGAGGUAGUAUUCAAUUUUAAGAGUAACUACUUCAGAGAAAAUAUGUGCUCACUAUGCCAGACACCACAAUGAAAUGUAACUGUCAAUUUGCCGCAAUGGCAUGUGGAUUGCUGAUAUGAUCCUGAAAUAGUUGUUUUGACAGCAGAUGGAUACUCUUAGGAUAACUGGAAAAAAAAUGGAUGAAAGGAUAAGAAAGAAGGCAAUUAUAUGAUAAAA